CCCGGUUCCACCGUGAACUAGCCAGUGGGACGCUAACCGGUCCAGUCAAACUGGAGGUCAGUGACCUUCAGACCAGCAUGGGGGAGUUGGAGGAGAAGAUCAAGUUGAUGGAGAACUUUGGGGAGAAACUGGCCAUGUCUAUGGAGAGUGCAGCGGUCGGUAAAUGGCAGAGCAUCGAAGGAGAGGAGACCGUCCACACCCAGCUGGUGGAGUUGGUAGAUCAGAUGAGGACCAUGCUGCUUCACGCCACACAAUCAGAAGAAGACAGUCAGAAGACGAUGGCCUUAUCUAAUUUUGAAACGUUGUACAGCCAAGCAAUGAAACUACAAGUCCAGAUGAACAACCUGAGGCUGAGUCACCUGGAGCGGAACCGUGAGAUCAUGGGCAUCAAGCGCCAACUGCUGCUUCAAGAGGUCAACAACCUCCUUCUGCAGGCCGACAUUAGCAGACGUGAGACGGAGCUCUGCCAGUUCCAAGAGGCCAAGACGUUUUCCUCUCUCAAGCGCUGGAAGACAUUCGGCGGCUCAGAUAGACACAGGCCGCAAGCUAUGAUGGAGCUCCCCUCCUCCUCCAUGGUCAGAUCAGCCACAGAACGCGAACCCAAACCUUACUCAACCGACAGCUCACGUCUCAACAUUCCAUAUAUAGCAGAAGAGCUGACGCCCGUCACAAGCUCCUCCAUCUCAGCCCCUGCUUCGCCCUCGGCUCUAGCAGGUGACGCCCCCAGCGUCCAGCUACAUUCCACCCCCAGGUCUCGCCACGAGCAGGCCACGGACCACACGGAGACCCACCUCCAGACUCCCCCCACCUCAGGUCCGUGCAGACAGCUGAGCCCCAAAGCCCCAAGAUUCCUCCCCCCAAAACGUAGUGAAGACACGACGAAAUUACCGCAAUCCGCGAAAGCAUCACCGCAUUCUGUGCGACCAGCAGAAGGUUCGAAACCGAGCACAGAAACUUUGAGUAGUACACAACUAAAGCCGACCUCAGCUAGAUCGCUGUCCGAUUCUUCAAAAGACGUCGCCAGAGCUAAAACCAUCAGCGUCGACGAGAGGAGAGCGCAGUUUCAAAUCAGAAAACCGGAGUUUCAAACCAUCUGUGAUUCGGCGCCUCUUCACGAAGAGAUUCAGCAGCUGAGGAAGGCUAAGAGCGAAGUGGAGCAGGGGUCGCCCACUUUAACUCAGCGCCCAGGAGCAGCUUCAGCCCCUUCCCCUGAAGCUGGUCCCGGGCCCGGUCAACCACCCGAGUCCCCUACACAAGUCAUUCCAGUACAGCAGAGUCUCGCGGCUCUGCGUGCUCAGUCAAGCGUGACAUUUCCAGCAGUAUCUGUGAUGGAGUGUACAGACAUCCCGCCUAGAGUAGAGACCAUUACCGACUCUGACCAAGGGUCAUCCGGAGGUUCCAGCCUCCACACCCGUUCAGCGCUCACACGGACAAGUGAGCUGCCACCGAUCAGUGACCACAGCAAGAUCGGCUCCAAGGUAGCGCGGAGCCCUCUCAGCAAACACAAACUACUGCGACGUCAGAGAGAAGAGAGAGAGACGAAACUCAGAGAGUACCAAGCCAUUUCACCCAAAGGUAGUCCCGUCGCUACAAGAGGGAAGCCGCCUUUACCUAAACAAAGCAUGCCUAUAAAACAGUCCCCGACUUCUUCACCGGCGCCUGAGAAAGGACCGAGAUCAAAAAGCGUUGGUGACAUGGACCGUGGAGUGUUAGACUCAACUCCGUCUAAACCUCUGCAAGACGCUAUAAACAGAUUUGAAAAGCGGGCAACAGUUUGUGAAACCGAAGACCGCCCGAUUGAAUUACGGAAAACGCCGAGUCCGACGCUUCAUUUACCGCGGGUUGGGCUCGUGUCUCGUGUCCGGAGACUGAAACCAGCGGCGGAACUCCUGGAGGAGAGCCAGCGGUACAGGAGCGGCCACUCGAUCUACGCCACCCGCAUCAUGCAGAAGUACCUCCCCAAGCCCGACCCGGCCAAGCCCAGCCCCAACAAAGAAAACGUCUCCUACGUCCACGCCAUGGUCUCGCGUCUAUCCCGCGACAACACCCCGGUCAGGAGCGCGGGGUCGUCGCGGACCAACUCGGACCUGAGCCUCCAGAGGACCGACUCGCCCAGAACCCACUCGGAGUUCGUCACCCAGAUCGUCAGGAAACUCUCCACGCCGAGCGGGUCAGACGGUCAGAAAAACAUGGCGCCUUUCAAAGACUUGACCAACGAAGGCAUCGUGAAGAAGCUGGCGGAAACGUUCAGCCACCCAGCGAAAAGCUCGCCGGAAAGAGCUUUCUCCGAUUCCGGAAUCGACCGACAGCGCGGGUCGCCGAGUGCUCUGAAAACCCAGCACCGGAAGUCCUGCGAGGUUGCCAUGGUGCUGUCCACAUCCCCGGCGUCCGAUAUCUCCUACCAGAUGAUCUCCUCUAUGUCGUCUGAUGAGGGCGGGUCCCUAAAGCCCGAGUCACAACCCGGCCCAAGCAGCCACCAAUCGCUGCCGAUUCUCCCAUCAACAGAUCGAACCUCCGAGAGUCGCAGUAGAGCCGCCACGUACUGUGUUUCUGAUAAGGAGAAGAAGAAACAGGAGGAGGCAGAAGGGUCGGAGAUAGAAGUGUUACCGCCAUCUUCACCUAAAUCUGAUUCCUCAAGCGGAAAGAAACACAAGGAAAGAUCUAGAAAAACAUCGUCUGAGAAAAAAGAAGAGAAAUCCAGAUUACAAUCCUCCCUCUCCCCAGAGAGGCGAGGGGCAGGGAGAGGAAAGAUGGGGACAGUAGGCGUGCUUUGUAAACAAUCCAUUUCUUUUGAUUUGGGCGUCUCGCUGUACGGCCAGGCCUCCAAAGCAGCGGAGUCGCCGGGCAAGUCCAGACAAGCCCGCAGCUGGGACCCCAGCGAGUCGUCCCAGGCAGCGGCGAGGGCGGAGGUGCCGUCUGCCUCUGGCGGCUACACCAGGACGUCGUCGCCCCCUGAGCUGGGCGCCGAGGCCCGGCCCCAGUCGACCAGUUCGGAGGGCGAAGCGCCCCCGUCCUCGCCCACUGCCGACGAGAAGAAGAAAAGGCGGUUUCUCGACUCGGCUUGGCUUCAGAAAUCAAAGAAAUUUUUCAAAGUUUCGAAGUGAACAACACGUGGCUGGGAUUAAGCGGUAGCAGACGGUCUCUCAGUGUUGACGUCAGCACUGAGGUGGCCAGUCAACCAAUUGUUGGGGUCCAGAAGUUUCUGACCCUGCCCAUCCCAUAGGCGGAGGGAGACAUUCCCAUUGUCUCCCGGCACGCGAGGCAGCCUGAGCACGCCUCGCCAACAGCUUGCUGCGCCAAGAGAAAGAAGAGCGGAGAGAAAAGACACGGUACCAAAACCAAAACAAAACCACACCGCGGUGGUUUGGCGAAGACCUACGGCAGCAACAGCUUGACCUAUUUUUGGGUAGCGUCACUAGAUGGCCCAGCCACUAGUUGAAUUAAUUAUCACUAUCAUGCUUUCUGCGCAUGUCAGUUCGGUUUACCGGAAAUCGCUUCAGAUUCAUUCAGCUAAGUCUUUCAUCUGCUGGAAUAUAGCCACGUCUUUUUAAAAAAUGUAGAUGCAAAUUAUGCAGAGGAUUUAAGUAAACGUGGUUCUAAAUAUUGCAGACGACUAACUUAGAAGAAUGAACCUCACUGAAGCAUCAUCCGGUAGACUUUGAAUCAUAGUUGACUUCGUUACUUUGAUCAUUUUCAACACGAACACCAUUUUUUUUUUGCUCCUGUCUCAGCAGACGAGUACGUGAGACCCACACUGCAGCUUUUGUCUUCUGCUUUCACUUCCUGUCACCUGUCUCACCUUGUCUCACGUCCGGUCUCACCUAUUCAUUCAUCAAGUGUCUCACCUGAUCCUAUUCAGAUUUGAAGAAAUCGAGACUAAAAAUUAUACCAACUUCAUCUGAAAAAUUGUUUUUUAACUGCUCAACUGAGUAUUUAUAACUUGUAGUGUAAAGUAAGGGAAAAAAAUUCACGAGAGCAAUAGUGUACGAGGCAGCUAAAAGUGCACAAUUGUGUAGAUUGUCCAUCUUGACCAAUCAAAUGUACGUAUGUAGAUUGUCAAUUUUGACCAAUCAAAAGCACUCUUGCAUAGGUUGUCUAUCUCGACCAAUCACAUUUAAGCACAAUACAAGGUUCAGAUGAAAUAUAGAAAAAAAAAGCUUGACCAAAAGUUCCAUCAAGGUGCACAGAGAAUAUAGUUACACUACCACAAUAAUGUUUACAUUGAUGCCAUCUCGAAGUUUUGUUACCUGUCAAGCAACACUGAACCCCCAUGUGUCACACAUCUGACACUGUCAGAACCUACAAAGUGUCAGUCAAUUGACAGAGCUAUUAAAACCUUGAUGGAUCAGUGACAUGCUCAAAUGUCUUGUGAGUUCAUUACUAGAAACUUAAUUUUUAAAUCUUGAUUAAAUUUUUAAACUCCCCCAAUUUUAUUUUUCCCCCCUAAUUAGGCUGUGGUAUGCCAGAUAUUGAUAUUAGAAGCCUUGAGGGGAUCCUAGAAUCAAAGCAUACAUGUUUUUUUUAAUUUUAUUUUGGCACAUAUGUGUAAAUAUCUAGCAUCGUUGUAUAUGAUUGUACCGCCCUUUUAUGGUGCUUCGUCACAGCGUGCCGUCUAGCGGGGAGAAAGCGGAACAGAACAACUUGUAUGGUUAUCACGUGAUCUCACACUUGCUCAAACGGUUUGAAUGAGAUGUGUGUAUGCUGUUGAAUGAUCUUGAAAAGAUCUGUAUUCAUCUGAUGGGGGUUUAAAACAGGAAGGUGUUGAUCACAAAACUGUUUUAUCACUGUCCGAGUUGCGAUUUGUGAAACCACAGCCAUUCAUUUUUAUUUAUUUUUUUUAAAUUGGCGGUGAAGGACAGACACUCGUCAGAAGGUAAAAGUUACCUGGCUCUAUGCUAGUUUGGUUCAAGCUGUCUGUGACUCAUUAAGUUGCCAGGAAAAAAUUACAACAAUCUGGCCAAAUGGUUUCAUCUCACUGCUCUAGUUGAAUAGGAAUACAGAUUAUGUUUCAUGUCUGAAUGAUCGCUCAAAUGAUUUCGUAACUAUGCCCUUUUAUAAAAUAAUUCUAUCGUUCCUUGAAAUUAAAAUGUUUUAGACUGCUGAGAAUAUUUUUUUUACAUCUCCCAGUGUUUCUGUUUUAUGAAAAAAAAAUAUCCAGAUAUAAAAAAAUUUGACUUUAAAAAUAACUUUACAAAAACGUUACAUAUACAAAUUUUUUUUUUUCGUGAAUCAUAAGGUUAGAUAACUCCGAUUAUGUGAUGCCAUACAGCUGUUUGCUCGCCUUAUCUCCCUUGUAUGUCAUGUUUUUUGUGGUUUAUGUAUGUGGAUAAAUGAACACAAACUUCAAUUUUAA